GGACGGUUCGGCACGCGUCGCUUACCAUUUGCAGUCGUGCUUCCGUGCAGUGUGGUUCAUAGUGAAACGGUGAUCGUCCCCGGUGCUUCAAGUCAGGCAACUCAACUUUCAACUAGUCCUUUCAACAACGCAAGUUCCAAGACUAACAAACGCCCUAGCCGCGACACACUACCUGACUUCACAAAAAUCCGUACUCAAGCCGUAAGCCGCAAACAAGUCAUAUAAAAUGGAAGCUACCGGACAGGAGAACUCUGCCACCGCAUACCCACGCGUCAAGCCCGACUUCAAGUCGGAGCUGGAGUCGUUCCGCACGGAGACGCUCUCUAAGGCGGACACGCAGGAGAAGAACUGUCUGCCGACCGCCGCCGACGUACAGAGCGAGAAGGCCCAGCGUAGCGUGAUCGAGGGCAUUGAGGGAUUCGAUGCCUCCCGUCUGAAGCACGCGGAAACGAAGGAAAAGAAUCCGCUGCCGGAUGCGGAAGCUAUCCAGGCUGAAAAAGGCGUCCAGCGGUUCAUUGAAGGUAUCGAGCAGUUCGAUACUUCGCGCCUGAAGCAUGCUGAGACGCUGGAGAAAAAUCCAUUGCCGACGCGCGAAAUUAUCGAGGAGGAGAAGCGCGCUUAAGAAGCGCCAAACAUCAGUAGUCGUGCUCACGUCCAGGGUGAAAUGGAUACGCGGUGGUGCAUGUGGCAGCAGUUGGAGACGUAGCGGGCAGCAGCAGAUGACAGCAGGAUGCUUUUCAGUAGUAGUGGCAGUGUAGUAAACGCGGGAAGAGGAAUAGUUAACAUCCGGGCAGAGGCGAUCGAAUGGCGAAGAAAUAGCUGUGAAGCGUGAAACCAACGAACGAAGCGAAAUGCAAUCUUAAUGACCGAACACUCGCCCAGACUCCGUACACGUAUACGCUCGAAUGGCAUGUUACAAGAUCUUGCAAGCAAUCGGUUUUUUUGCGUAUGUGUACGUGGGUGUAUUUGAUGCAGUCGUCCCCUUCCCCGCCUGGGAUACAUUAAUGCUGCUCUCCGUUUUUGUAUUAAUGCCCCACCCGUAACGUUUUACCUCCAUCAUUCUUACCUCCCUUCCUCUCAACUGCGCUCUCAACUCUAUACAUUCAUCUUCUGGAGAUAUUCAACUCAACUGUCACACGCAGAACUGAACAGCUCAAUGCUGGCGACAGAUUUCAGAGCGAAAAAAAGCGAUCAUUCGAUUGACAUCCUAUUUUAAGAAGAUCUUCACGUGUGAAAGGGUUUCGAAUCAAUCGUAGAUCUAAAAAAAAACGUUCCUUGCAUUAUAAACAAUUGUACGUGAAAGAGCAUCACAAAAAAAAAACGAUUUCGCUCACUAAUUACCUCGGGAUCGCUCUUAGUAGGGAUACAACAGCAUUUACCAGCAUUUACAAAUAUGUAGCAACAUUUCAAACGCGUACCAAGAAUUUGCAUUCAUUCAGAAUAAUAACAUCUCUAGGGGGAGAGUUAUUAUUGUUUUUACGAAAAAAAUCCUCUCAAAGACUUAAAAACAGCAACCAAAUGCAAAAUGUAAGUAGGAACUAGCUUCAGCAAUAUAAAAGAAGCGAAAAACAGAAGACGAAAAAAAAACACACAUAGAAGAGCAAUCCGCAGAUAUUUCACCUUUAGUUUACCAUAACACUCAAUCGAUGUGUAAUCAAUACCUUAUGUUUUUACGGUAGGGAUGAUGGGAGCACGACUAUUACUUAUAGAAAUAAUAACUAUUAUUUAAACUCGAAAUCAAACGAAACAAAAAAAAAUUUGUGCUGUUUAUCCUUAAACAAAACAAAAAACCUCUCCCCCCAAAAACAUAGUGAAAAAUCCGGGGGAGAAACAUUAAAAAAAAGGGUGGCUCUAGAUAAUGGUAGAGACGCAUUUAAACCAGGCAACAAAAUCCUCACGCAUUUUUAUAUACAUGAAAAAAAAACAAGACUGUGUUGCGCGCGCUGCGCUGUCGGAAAAAACGAAAAGAAAAAGAAAACACACACAAACACGCAAAAUGGACAGAAAAUGACAAGCAAAACAAGUUUUUGGGGGUGGAAAAACAGCGUGCAGACUAUUUAAAUUGCGUCCUCAGGGGUAGAGAGAAGAGUCUGCGCGCCGUGUAUUUUUUGUCAAAUUAAUGCUAUUAAUUAGUGUUUUCUACUGCAGCGAAACGAAAAACCCGAUUCCUUUAGAAACAUCAUUGUCGAUAGCUGUGCAAGAAGAAGAAGAAGAAAGUGGGGUGAUAAAAAAAACAACAAAACAGUGGGACUGUUUCUUCCUAAGCCUAGCACACAAAUGCAUACCAAGAAUGCAGAAACCAUGUGGUAAAGAUAUGACACACAGAUGUGUUUUGAAACGAAUUUCAUAACCACAGAGACAGAUACACACACACACACACACACAUAAGUAGGUGAAACCAAAAUAACGUAUAGAGUUGUGCAUGAAUGUGAUGCAAAAACAAAUGGGCUGAAAGUUUUAUUAUAGCAACUACCGUAAAGACGACUUUUACCCUCAAACUCGUUCGAAUGUUGCCAAAGGCAAUCGCAUAGUUUCACGAUCGAUCCCCCCCAUUACUGCCCUACCGGAAAGCUUUCAG